CAACCAUGUCGGGCACAUCUUGUGGCCCCGCUCGUCGUAUAGCUGUGCUGUCGCGGCAGCUACAGUCCACAUCAUGCGCCAUUUCCACGCGAGAUCAAACUGUCGCAGAGCUUGCUGCGGAGCGCGCCAGCUCUAGCUUCUCGCCUCGCGCCAUGGCCAACUUCAUCUACGGUGGGACAAGGCAGACUGAGCUGCGUGUGGAGGCCAUGCAGCUACUGAUGAGCUAUCCUGAGUUCUACAAUGGCGUGGGCACCUUCGACCGGUCGCUGGCGGAGUGUCGAGAGGAUACUGUGCAGCGCUUGAGACGCCUGUACUCGCUCUUCAUGGAGCACGGAGGUGAUGUAGAGAAGCGUGAGACGCUGGCGGACAUCGUGGGCAUCUUCGACCUACCGCUGUGGACACGGAACGGUGUCCAUUUUGGACUCUUUUUGGGCGCCAUCAUGGGCCAGGGAGACCAGGAGCAACAGGACGAGUGGAUGAUGCCCACUAUGAUGUUGGAGCUCUUCGGCUGCUAUGGCAUGACGGAGCUUGGUCACGGUAGUUUCACGAGGGGAUUCGAGACCACCGCGACAUUCGACAUGAAGACGGACGAGUUUGUGAUCCACACGCCCACAGACACGGCAACGAAGUGGUGGAUCGGUGGAGCGGGACAGACAGCCACGCAUACAGUGUGCUUUGCGAGACUUGUGCUACCAAAUACCGGCGCUGACCACGGAGUGCAGAGCUUCAUUGUGCCGCUACGUGACGUAGAGACACAUCGACCUUUGCCUGGUGUGAGAAUUGGUGACAUGGGGUCCAAAAUGGGCCUGCAAGGAGUGGACAAUGGCUGGAUUCAGUUCGACCAUGUCCGUAUUCCAAGAGCAAACAUGUUGCGUCGAUACGCUCAAGUCUCGCGAGAGGGCGUCUUUACACAGACGCAACAUAAGGCGCAGUUGGCGUAUGCUGCUUUGCUUGUGAACCGUGGCAAGAUCGUGACCUUGAGUGUUGGCAUUUUGGAGAAGGCUGUGACAAUUGCUGUACGCUAUGCUGCCGUGCGACGUCAAGGUUUGCAAGUGAAGUCCGAAGAUCCUCACACUGAAACGCGUUUACUUGACUACCAGACGCAUCAAUAUCGUCUGAUGCCGGUGCUAGCGCGCGCAUACGCGUAUCGAUUGCAAACCAGACACAUCACUCGUCUACUGCAACAAUUUGACACGCAAGGAAGCGACAUCUCGGAGGCGCUUUUAGCCGAUAUACACGGCACAAUGUCGGGAUUCAAGGCUUUUUGUACGUGGGAUGUGCAGGAAGGAAUCGAUGCUUGUCGACAGAGUUGCGGUGGCAAUGGAUACAGCAAGUACACGGGAUUAGCUGAGCUUCUAGCCGACUUCUCUGUUAUGGUGACGUUUGAGGGUGAUAACACGGUCAUGGCGCAACAGACAGCAAACUAUCUCUUGCGCUCAGUGGAGAAGUUGCGCUGUGGUGAAAAGCUCUCUGGGUCAGUGCUGUAUUUGGAGAGAGAAGACGCUAGUAACUCACGCCGACAAUGGGGUGCAGAGGGGUCUGCUGACCUGAACAAUGCGACGUUGCUUCGAGAUGCUCUGGAUGUGUAUACCGGUCGCCAAGUGUUGCAGGUUGCAGCAAAGUUGGCUGCUGCUAAUGGGAAAACAGAGGCGGAACGCAUGAAUUCGUGUCAAGUGGACCUUGUGGAGAUCGCACGUGUCCACGUGUUCUACAAUGUCGCCUCAGCUUUUCUUCAACACAUCGAAGAGAUCGAGAUAGAGGCGUCAGGUGAUAACGAGACACUCCUACCUGCACUGGAAGCUCUGUGUCAGGUGUACAUUUGCCAGGAGCUUGAUCGUGGUGCUGCGUUUUUGCUUAAAGAGAAGUUCAUGUCUCCAUUCCAAAGCAACCUCGUCCGUGCACGACUGAUGGAAAGCUGUGCUCGUGUGCGCGAUGACGCCGUGGCUCUCGUUGACGCUUUCAUGCUCACAAAUACGGUUCUAAACUCGUCAGUGGGCCGUGCAGACGGCAGCAUCUACGAAGGAGCACUAGCCGCUGUUCGCCAUCGCAUGGGCCCAACGCCGUACUUCACUUCGGCGAUCAAACCGAUUUUCGACGGUGAACUGCUGGACUGAUUAAUCGGCAACUGGCAACUUCCAAGCUUCUGGGUUAAUGUGCUGUUUUUCACGAUGACAAUGGUACAUGCAAUUCUUGUGUUUUUACUUCUCGCUUGGUGAUCUCAUUAUCCUUCGAAUUUGGUUUAGUCUUUAACAGAAAACUUGAUUCCCGUGAGUCUCUCGCUCUCCUCCCAAAGCUGACGAGCUUUGUCUAAUGAAAUGCUUUGCUUACUCGAUGCCACCGUCCGUGGCCAACCGUAGAACUCACUCAACCCAUGAGGUCCGAUAAACUCACCACCGACAACGUUUGGAUCCGUGGCGCAACACAAGAUAUUUAACGCGCCUUGAGCGUUGCUCUGCGCCCAUGGCAGCCAGUGAACAAAACCGAUGAUUGC